CUGUGUGCUAGCAAGCAACAGAGAAGUGGAGGAGAAGAGCCUUUAGAUAGCGACACCGUCACCAAAACUUGAUAAAAUAUAGUUUUUCUAACUUUUAUCCUUUAUUUGUUUCGUUAACUAAUAAUUGUAUGUGGUGUACGUCGAGGAGCUAGCCUCGCUGUAUAAGCAGCGAACCUGCGAACAGACUAGUUAUUGAUACUGUUAGCCUGACAGCUAAAGUUGCAGUUUGGCAGCUGGUCUCUCCCAGUUAGCAUCGAUGAGGAAACCCAACCCCGGCUUAAAUACUGCAAACAAGACUGACCAUCUUGUCUUGAGUUAGCUAGUUGGCCGCUUGUAAAAGAAAGAAUACAACAGAAUGACAGAGGAUGCCGUCUUGCUGAAUGUACCUGUCAUUCGGCAACUGUACCACUGGGACUGUGGGUUAGCCUGCUCCAGGAUGGUCCUGAAGUACCUCCAUCCAGUGAGUGAUGAGGAGUUUCAGAGAGCCUGCUGGGAGCUGAAGCUGACAGAGAGUGUGUGGACUAUUGAUCUGGCCUACCUCAUGUGUCAUCUAGGCAUCAAACACUGCUUUUGCACGCAGACUCUGGGCGUUGAUAAAGGCUUUAGGAAUCAGUCCUUCUAUAAGAAACAUUUUGAUACAGAAGAAGACAGAGUGAAUGAGCUCUUCCAAAAAGCAGAUAACAAAGGUGUGGUGGUGAAGAAAUGUUCUGUCACCGUUCAGGAAAUCCAGUCUCAUCUGGAGCAGGGCCACGUUGCCAUAGUGCUGGUCAACGCAGUCGUCUUGACAUGUGAACUCUGCUCCUCACCUGUCAAAUACUGCUGCUUCCUGCCUGUGGGCCAGAAGUGUUUCUGCAGGAAACCAGAGUACCAGGGUCACUUUGUGGUAGUGAGCGGCUUCAACAGGACCACUGGCUGUAUUUUCUACAACAACCCUGCAUAUUCUGACCGGGUGUGCUGCACCAGCGUCAGUAACUUCGAGGAGGCUCGGCGAAGCUAUGGGACAGAUGAAGACAUUCUUUUCAUCUUUAAGGAGAGUUGAUGGACAUUGAGGAUGGAUUUGAGCUUCACUCUCCCUCAGCCCAUCAUUAUAGUGACAUGAUGCUGCAGGUCAACAGUGUUGGACCCGUGCCCCCUCCUGUUGUCUGUCGUCACAGAUCCUCUGGGCCAUCCUCACUGGUGCUAAUAAGCCCCUUCUGCUCACAUUACGGCACUUAGCUGCAGUUUCACUGCUUUAUUCCCUUUUAUACAGUCAAUGCUACAUGACCUAUGAAGGAUUAACAGCUGAGAGGUUCAGUAAUCUAAACUGAACUCCUUUUUGAGAUGAGCAGAUGGUUCAAAUGAAUUUUUGUUGAAUUUUAAUGACUGUGGUUGCUCAUAUAUUUGGAGCUAUUGAAAUCUCAAACUGUGAGCUGAGUAUUCAGACUUGUGAAACUACAGUGGAUGAAAUGUGGGAAUCAAGAUGUAAAGUAGGAAUUACCAGGAAAUAGGUGUGCACAUAAUUCAGGGCUGAUGAUGUUAGUAUAUCUAGUUUAUUUCUGCUGUUCAAUGUUGACACCUGAAGCCUCACCUCCACUUGCCUUUUUUGAAAAAAAUCCUCCUAACUCACCUCUCAGUCACUUUUUAUUCUGAUGAAUCUAUCAGCAGGGAAUAUAGGAAGUAGUUGUGUUUUGAGAGUCUCAGGUAAUCAAUGCCCUAAAGUGUGACAUGAGCGUCAAAUAACACAAUUAGUUCAAUGCAAUAGUCCAUAGUGUGUCUAUGGGAUCUACCUGCAGAAGAACACGGACAGUGGAUCGUCAUACUGAAACAUGAUCUCACCAGUUUCAUUCACCUCACUGGAAGAAACAUCAGCUUUGGUGUCAUGGCAACACGCUGGGUAUAUGGUGCAUUGUUUUUGAUCAUGGUGCAGAACAAAGGUGUAAUUUGGACUCAGUCUUGUUCUCUGUUGGACGCAGUGAAGACUUGGUAAUUUCCUCAUUGUCCCUCGGUUUUAGUUUUUAAUUUUGAUAUUAUGGAUACAUUUUUGCACUAUGCUUUUCAAACCAGACAUAAUUAAAUGUUAUUUAAAUGAAACAUGUUACCAUGAAAUUGCUUUUCUGAUUGUAUGAAAAGUGAUUUCUUCCAGGUUGUGCUUUUUGGUAAGAAUGAACAACACGUUUUAAACAGCAAACUUUAUUUUUUAUUAAACAUAGAGCUGCAUUUAUUAUAUGUUGUGAUUAAAGGGUUUCAACAUGUGCUUCA